AUUUGCCUCAGUUUCCUCAUCUAUAUAAUGAGUUGGAGAAGGAAGUAGAAAACCACUCCAGUAUCUUUGUCAAGAAAGCUCCGAAUGAGGUCAUGAAGAUUUGGACACAACUGAACAACAACCAGUCACCAGAAGGGAAUCCAGGAAAGGAAUACUUGGUUACCAAGCCAACUCUUCUGAGUCUGUCUUCUAGGAAUGAGAAGGAGCCUUGUAAGAAGAUCAGCCUGUCAGCACGCCUACACUUUUAGCUCCAAGGGGAAACUGAGAAUGGACAAGGACAGACUGGGAAGUAUUUCAGGCUAUUAAAAUCUUGGCUUUAAACUUGGACUGACCCUUGAAGAAAGGUUUAGGAAAGAUACAGGUGUCAUUUCUCUUAUUUUUUCCUCCAAGGCAUCACCUUAAGCCCGGUAGGCACUCAAUAAAUGUUUGUUAAAUUGAAUGCAGUAGAUCCAUGCCUGGAAUACCAUCAAGUCUAUAUUAAUUAGCUAGGUUUCCCCCCAACUCUGUAUAAGUCAGGGGUGCUGUCUUACAAAGUUUUUUGGAGCCAGUGUAUGACUCAUUCUAGGGGGAUCAAGGAGAGUUUUGAAAUCCAAUAGGGACAUAUAGACUGCAUCUCCUCAAGACCUGGGUCCUUAAGGGAAAAAAAUUACCUACAUAUGGACUGUGCUCCCCAUGCAAAAUAAGUGGUGAGUGCCAGCCGUGGAACAGAUGUUUGGAAUCUUGCCACGUGAAUGUGCAUGUGGUCCUGGCCACUCUUUUUUCUCUUCUUUGGUCUCUGUGCUUCUGUACUGAGUUGCAGCUCCUUUGCAGGAGGGUUGAACAUUGCACAGUCUGCAGCUGUGAGAGGGAAACAGAAUUAAGAACAGCAAUUGUGAAUGAAGAAGAAAAGUUUCUCUACUUGAGGAAGACCGGAAUCUCAGUGAGAGCGGAACAUUAGGGUAUUUUGCAGUAAAGUACUAGGAAAUCCCAAAAGUACUUAAUAGAUGAAAGUGUUGUGGCUCUACAAGUGCAGCCAAUUAUACUACCACUACUACUAGGACUUAGACGUCCACCUUAGGCUUUGCCACUGACAUUGGCAUCGGAAUUGGUAUCAUCCCUUCCACCUGUGCUACUUUUCCCUCAACUACCACAAUUCAGAAGCUCACAAUGGAUCAAGAGGCUUCCUCAUCCCAAAUCUCUAUAACCCCUGGAAUGACUUAUGCCCAGCUGGAAAGUUUGAUCAAUAAAUGGAGUCUUGAGCUGGAGGACCAAGAGAAACACUUCCUUCACCAGGCCACCCAGGUGAAUGCUUGGGACCGAACAUUGAUUGAUAAUGGGGAGAAGAUUACUUCUUUACACAGAGAAGUGGAGAAAGUGAAGCUGGAUCAGAAAAGGUUGGACCAAGAAUUAGACUUCAUCCUGUCACAGCAGAAAGAAUUGGAAGACAUGCUGGCCCCGCUGGAGCAGGCCAUGAAGGAGCAAAGUGGGACGAUCUAUCUGCAGCAUGCAGAUGAGGAGCGAGAGAAAACUUAUAAACUAGCAGAGAAUAUAGAUGCUCAACUAAAGAGCAUGGCCCAAGACCUCAAGGACAUUACCGAGCACCUGAAUAUGUCUGGAGGGUCUCCUGACACCAAUGACCCACUCCAACAGAUCUGCAAAAUCUUGAAUGCACACAUGGAUUCGCUUCAAUGGAUCGAUCAAAAUUCAGUCUUGUUGCAGCAGAAGGUGGAAGAGGAGUCAAAAGUUUUCGAGAGUCGUCGCAAGGAACAGGAACGUAGCUACCGCAUUGUGUUUGAUUAAAUGGCCUGAGAUCUCUUGGAUAGUAUUGUUGUGUUGUUCAUUCCCUGUCCAUUACAUAAAAGGUCCUAGGGUAUAAAGUUGAGUAAAACAUAGUUAUCGACUGCAGUUGUUUUUUGUUAUAGUAAAGUCCAUGUGGGUAUUUUUCUUACAUUCUGAAUCUUAAAUAAAAUGUACAAUUCAUCCAUUGCAGAUAAUUUAUGUUACAGUAAAGUUUGUUGAAAUUUUUCUCCAUUCUCCAUUCUCUAUAGUGGUAAGAGAAAACUAUGCUGCAGUUUGCAUUAAUUCUAUCAAAAUUUUGUGAAUCUCUUUAUGUCCAUUAAAUUGCUUGAUGCUUUAUGAAGUCUUCAAAAUAAAAAGGUUGAAAUCUCA